UUCAAACAGAUAUGCAUAUACAUGUAUAUAUAAGCAGUUUCUGAAGCUAUUUUCCGUCUUCAUUUGGGAAUUCUAAUUGAAUGGACUCCCUUCUGCUGAGACCCUCUUCUAUGUUACUUAACACCAUACUCAGCUCAAGAUACCAGCAACCCUACAAUUUGCCGUUAAGGUUGUGCAAGAAAGGAUGGUUGAAAUUUGGAUGUUAUGCCAUUGGAGGAGGCAGCUUGGGUAAUUCAGAGUCUACAGAAGGAGGCUCUUUGAAGGGAAAAGAUAAUGGAUACUUCUUUAGUGAUUUUGAUGGAUCAGGUGUAUCUUUUGGGACUCUUAGUGCUGCGAUAACCCAUGAAACUGUAGAUUUUUUUGUCAGUGAUACAGAGGGUGACCCAGACCGCCCAUCCGAAGGCUUUUCCUCAAUUGAUCAGGCCAUCAAGGCUUUGCACCGGGGACAGUUUGUCAUUGCUGUAGAUGAUGAAAAUGAAGAUGUUGAAGGAGAUCUUAUCAUGGCAGCAACUCUAGCAAAUCCUAAGGCUAUUGCUUUCAUGAUCAGGCAUGGUUCUGGGAUCGUAUCUGUGGGCAUGAAGGAAGAGGACUUGGAGAGGCUCAUGCUUCCUAUGAUGUCUCCCAUCACUGAAAUUGAGGAUCUUUCAGCUGCUGCUUCCACUGUGACAGUGGAUGUUAGAGUGGGAAUAUCAACUGGAGUGUCAGCUGCCGAUCGAGCGAAAACAAUUCUUGCACUUUCUUCUCCUGAUUCUAAACCUGGAGAUUUUAGGAGACCAGGUCAUGUUUUUCCUCUUAGAUAUAGAAAUGGAGGUGUUCUAAAGAGAGCUGGUCAUACUGAGGCAUCUGUUGAUUUGGUUAUGCUGGCCGGGUUGCGCUCUGUCUCUGUUCUUUCUACCAUUGUUGAUCCAGAGGAUGGUUCCAUUGCUCGUUUGCCUGCUCUUAGAAGGAUGGCAGAGGAAAAUGGUUUGCCGAUCAUAUCGAUCACCGAUUUGAUUCGGUAUAGGAGGAAGCGGGAAAAACUGGUUGAAAAAAUUGCAACUUCCCGUUUGCCAACAAAAUGGGGCCUCUUUGAAGCUUAUUGUUAUAGGUCCAAGUUAGAUGGAACUGAGCACAUUGCUGUUGUGAAGGGCAAUAUAGGAGAUGGGCAAGAUGUACUUGUAAGAGUGCAUUCCGAAUGCUUGACUGGUGACAUACUUGGUUCUACUAGAUGUGAUUGCGGCAAUCAGCUGGCAUUCUCGAUGCAACUGAUUGAACAGGCAGGCAGAGGAGUUCUAGUCUAUCUUCGCGGUCAUGAAGGACGAGGCAUUGGAUUAGGCCAAAAACUCCGAGCAUACAAUUUGCAGGACCAAGGACAUGACACGGUAGAAGCAAAUGUUGAGCUUGGAUUAGCCAUUGAUGCUCGAGAGUAUGGGAUUGGGGCACAGAUAUUGAGGGAUAUUGGAGUUCAAACGAUGCGAUUGAUGACGAACAAUCCAGCCAAGUUUAUUGGUCUCAAGGGAUAUGGGCUGGCCGUUAUUGGGAGGGUUCCCGUUAUAUCACCGAUAACUAAAGAAAAUCAGAGAUACCUGGAGACAAAGCGUACCAAAAUGGGCCAUGUUUAUGGUUCUGAUUUGCCUGGGAAUCUUCCUGGAUUCAAUGAACCAGAUGAUAAGAGUACAGAGUAGUGAUAGUUAACAUUCAUUAUAUACCAUCAACACCAUUCUUAAAGAUGUCCUUUUGCAUUGCUGUACAUUAUACAAGUGCAAAAUAAGCUGGCAUAACAAUUAACCUUUUUUA